CAAGAGCCCCACCACAAGCUCAAACCAAUCAAUUUUCCUCCCCUCCAAUAUAGAGCUCAAGCUCGAAAAAUCUCCCACCUCAACCUCGCGACGAGACAUAGUCGAAUACAUUUACAUUGACAAUUGACGUAUGAUCUCCGAGUCUAAUUUCUCAAAGGGCUAUGAUCUAAGAAGAAAUCUAAGUUUCCAAAAAGCCCACCGAGGCUACAAUUCAUCUCUCUAUUCCCACUAACCAACCAAUCGUCGAAAAUAUCACAAUGGCGACAGCAACAUCCACAACACAACACCUCCUCCUCUCCCCCGCCGAACUCGCCUACCUCCACAGCGCACUCCUCCUCUCACCACCAGUCCGCCCCGAUGGCCGGGGCGCAUCGCAAUUCCGCCCCCUAACAGCCGAAGCCGGUGUCCUGCCCGGCGCCAACGGCAGCGCGCGUAUAUGUUUCGCAGACGGCACGGAAGCCGUCGUCGGUGUCAAAGCCGAAGUACAAAAGAGCCGAAAAGCGCAUGUAUCGUACCAAGACUAUUUCUACGAGAAUAAGGAAUUACGGCGGAAACGACAUGGAAAAGGCAAAGAAACGGAGAAGGAAGAUGAAGUCUCUGAUGAAGAGGAAGAUAAGGGAGCGUUAAUAGCGGGGGAGAAUGAUUGGGUCGAGGUUACGGUUGAAAUUCCUGGAUACCGCGACGACGAUAGUAGCACCGUAUUUCUGGCUACGAUGCUUAGUGAGGCAUUGUUAGCGGAUGGGGAGUUUACGAAGAAGUUAUGGAUCAACCGACGAUUUCACUGGAAGCUUUACAUUGACAUCAUCCUCAUCUCUCCACCUCUCUCCUACCCGCUCCCGCUCCUCAGCUUAACAACACACCUCGCCCUCCUCGCGACCCGACUUCCACGAUUAAAAUCCGAAGCGGACGAAGAUCCUAUGUUCGACGACGACUGGGCCUCCUCUACAUACAUAUACCCGCGACAGACCAGCACCGGCACGCCUAGUUCGCGGCCGCCUGUCACAUUACUUGUCAUGGCUGUAGGCGAAAGCAUCAUUUUCGACCCGUCGAAGGAGGAGCUCGCGGUAGCGGACUCGGCACUUGCGGUAUCGGUGGGCGGGAAGACUGUUAUUGACGGCGACGACGGGGCGAUGGACGUAGAUGGCAUAGCAGAGACAGGUAGACAAUUACGCUUGCUCUCCGUACGGACAAUAGAUCCACCGUCAAGGUUAACAGCGCCGGGAGUGCCAAACUCGGUGAAUCUAGCUGCGUGGGGACAAGGUGUGCCCGCGGCGAAGGACCCAGGAGCUCGAGCAGCGGAGAUAGAAAACACGGAGGGUGUGUGGAAGGCGCCUAGAGGAGGAGCUAAGGUAGCUGUUCUCGGCGCUAUGGUACAAAAAGUACUAGAAAAGGGCGGUAUUACGGACGAGGUCCUGGAUGGUUUGGACGCUGUGGAUCUGGGAUAGAAAUCGUAUUAUGUGCGAUACGAUUUAAUUGAUAUCAAAUCUGGAGCUUGCUUUGCUUCGUAUCCUUUUGCCUUGUCCCGGAGUUGAGAUUCGUUUUAGGGAAGGCCGCCGUCAUGGUAGCCUCUCACCUAGUAAAUUGAGUAGUGGCUAUUACUUCCUUUUUCAUCUCUUUCCACACUACUGUAUACAACUCCCACCACUUCAAAAUAUCCCAAGGUAUUUCUUCCUCUUCCCAUCCGGCGUGGUCUCCGUCGCCGUCGGCGUAGUAGCUUCAGGCUCACUCGUCGCAACCGGUUCCGCGGCAACUACAGCCGCCGCAGCCUCUUUCUCUACGC